GAGUUGCGCUGGAAGCCAUGGCUCUUGGGGUCUGAAAGUGCUUGUUAUAUCAAUGAACGCGCAUGCUCUUUGUAACCUCUUAGAAUCAAUCUAGCAUCACUGCACCUCGCUUCACCGACCAUCAGUAACUAUCUACAAUCUAUCUGUCCAAAUAUUCUUAGUGUACUAUCUUUUUUUUCUUUUUUGGUUCGAGACCAUGACUGAGAGAAUUCUUCUUGAAAACGCUGCCUCUGAGGUUAUCAGCAUCCUGAAAGGCAUCCCGGAAUUUUCUCAUGCUCGAGUCGCCGUGAUUGGCGGAUUAGCGCUGUGGAAGUAUGUUCCUACUGGCAGGACCACCGAGGACGUCGACUUCAUUAUCAACAUCGACAGUGCUCCGCAUGGGAUUAAACAGAAGUUGCUGUCUCUUCCAAACUCUCCAUUCGUUCAGCAGGCACAAUUCUUCUACUACAAGCAAGGAACAACUCUGGUGCAAGUUGAUAUCACUCCUGGAUGGCAGUCCCCUUACAUGCCGGCUGCCGCCACAGAAAUCGGGAGAAUACCUCACGGUUCUGUUCCAUAUAUAUCACCUACGGACCUUAUUGUCUUCAAGAUCAACUCUUGCGGUUUGCGGGCUCAGGUGAAUAAGAAACGUACCGAUGCUUUGGAUGCGGUGACGUUGCUGGAACUCGAGACCAGAAACGGGCCGUUGACUCUCAACAGCGCCCAAAGAGCCGUUGUUGAGCAAUGUAUUGCAGACGUUGUGGCUCACGGCCCCAAAAAUGCUCAAUGGUGGAAGCAGCGUCUCGGUCUGCGCUGAUCUAAAUUCCAGGCUCCUGUACAAUGCAUAGCAUGAUCAUGGUGGAGUGUUUGCUGUUUAUUUGCUGUCUGUAAAUU